GAGGGCUGGACUUCUUAUGGAAUGGAGAGUUGUGGACUCUCUUCAAGCAUCAUACCCUACGCCAGCGUCGCCUCCGUCUACUGUCUCUUGAUGGAGCUGAUAACCAAUUUUCUGUGGCUCUUUGGCGACUGGCUCCUCCUACUUGUUUCACUCAUCAUGGCGCACAUGUUCAGAAGAAUAAAUGUCAAUGGAAUUCAAAGGAUUGAGCCGGGGAGACUUUCCUCGAUUGAGAUCGACUUGGUGAGGGAACAUCAUGGACUCAUGUCAAAAUUGGUCAAGGAUUUCGACGACGCCAUUGCCUCGCUUAAUGUCAUCAGUGUCGUCCUGAACACGGCCUACAUCAUCCUGUCCAUCUACUCCAUAGUCACGUUGAGAAGGGGUGAAAGGGUCAAUAUGGGAGCGAGAGUUAUGAAACUUUACGGAAAAAUUGGCGUGGCUAUUUUCAAGAUGUUAGCUGGUCUAAUUUCAGCUUCUGUCCUUCAUCACAGGGCGCAUGAAAUGAUCUCUGAAAUACGAUCGUGGCCAAUGGCUCGUGAAUUUAAUGACUUUUCCCUCAACAACGGACGUGCUGCAGUCAUGCAAGCCUUCGUAAGUCAAUUAAGUCAGGGGGAUACAGGACUCAGCGUAGGGAAAGUGGUGACCAUUACGGGGAAACUAAUGACAGUUUUGGCUCUUGGCGUCGGUGUGUUUGUCGCGUUUGCAAGAAUUACAAUAUCUUCUUGUUCGAGAGGGGGAACAAGGACAUCUUCACUGAGCAGUUUUUAAGUGAAUACAACCAGAAAAAUUGUAUA